AUGUAUUAUAAAAAGAAGGCCAUCUCCAAGGAGUUGUUUAGAUAUUGUCUUGAUGAAGGUUGGGCCGAUAAACAGUUAGUGUAUAAGUGGCGCAAGCCGGGGUAUGAUCAGCUUUGCUGUAUGCUCUGUUGCCAAGCGACAAAUCAUAAUCAGGGGACGACGUGCAUUUGCAGGGUACCACGAAGUCAACUUGGUGAGGGUAAAGUUGUACAAUGUGCCCAUUGUGGAUGCCGAGGAUGCGCUUCUGGAGAUCAAUGA